UGAUUAGUUUUUGAUAAACCCUGGGAUUAUGUCUUUAGGAUUGCGGUUUUCAUGUUUAUAUAUAAUGAGAUCAGUGAUUGAUCUUAAACCUUGGUGUGUCGAUAUUUGUAAAAUUUUAUAUAUAGGUCGAAAUAUGCGGAUAGACUUAUGUCAUUGAUUUUAUGAACUUAAGAAACUUCAAGUUCAUGUUUAAAUGUGUGUAUAAAGUUUAUGGAGAUAUGGCUACGUUGUUCCAGAAAGAGAACAUAGAAUGACGUAAUUAAUGACGAGCCACAAUGGGCUGUACACAGUCUAAGGUUGUCGAUGCAACAGCCGGUGGACAAACGUUACAAGCUAAAGCAAAACAGACGAAGCAGACGCAACAGAAAAAUGGAAAAACUACAGCACCGGAAAUUACUGAGCCUGCGAAACCAAAAGCUACCUACGCAAACUAUCAAAGUUCCCACGAUGCAAAGUUACAGCAAGAGUCUGCCUGUUCACUACGCGGAGUAACUUUCAUGCAAAAUCGAGACCUCGUGGCAGCUGAUUAUAAAAAUAACAAAUUGAAACUCUACAGUUCAAAAUUUGAAUUCCUUGCUGACAUCGAGCUGCAAAGUGCACCAUGGGAUGUAUGUCAAGCAGCCGACAAUGCAGACGACAUUUUAGCGACAGUGCCGUACAAAAAGGAAGUACAUCGUCUUACAGUUAACAAAGUGAACAAUCAUAUCAGAUUAGUUCCAGUGUCAGAAUUCAGAACGAACGGGUUUUGUUGGGGUAUUACGUGUUUUGAUAGCGGAAUUGCUGUUUGUGUUAAAGUAUCGGUGUCAGAGAAAACAUGGCCUAAACCCCCGGAAUUCCAAGUGCAUAUCCAUGAAUUUGAUGGAACAUUUCGACGCGCAAUAAUGUUUGACGCAAAUAGCACCCCAUACUUUAUAGAACCAAAAUAUCUGAACGUAACAUACGAUGAUUUAUUUCUUUUAAUCUCAGAUUAUAAACAAAACAACGUUAUGUGUAUGAACAAUGAAGAUGAGCUGAUAUUUUCUUAUAUAGGAAUGAAAAGCCCAAAUGGCAUUGCCAUGGAUGAAAAUAAGAAUCUCCAUAUCGCAAGCUUUUUCGGAACUCAAAGGGUUCAUAAAGUUGGUCCUAACGGUAAAUAUAUAGACGGUCUUCCCCAUGAUGAAGAUAGACCUUUAUUUCCUCAUGGAAUCUGUUACAGGAAGAAAGACAGAAUCAUUGUAAUGACAACAGACCAGUCACUGGAAGUAUACAAACUGGUUUAGCGGAAGUAUCAAUUGCAGAUUUAGAUAUUAAUUAAACACUUGCACGGAAUGACGUGCGCACUUGCGUUCGGGAAUUGAUAGGGAUUCUACUAAGAAAGACACAACGGUUUCAGUUAUCAGCAAGUACUUUAUUUAGAAAAAAAAUACAAAACUCGUGACUAGCACAGACUACAGAUCUUAAAAAUCAAAAUGUGUCGUAAAACAUAUGCUCAACGUAAGAAAGAAAUUUGUAAUUAUUGUUUACAAUGACAACCUCAUACAAUGUGCAAUUUUGCCAGUUGCAUUUAAUUUUAAUAUUUGCAUAUAUGAGAUGGUGUCUAUUUUAAGUGUAUUAUAUGAUGAUUUCUUGCCAGAAUGAUAAAGAAAUUAUCAGUUGAAGCACGUUGGGAAACAACGGAUGCCACACUGCUCUGUGAUAUAUACUUUAUAAGAGAUUGCUUUAAAAAGUUUAUUUCUUGUUCAUGCUUUUCAAUGUUUCACUUAUUUCCUUGUCUAUUGAUGGGAAUUUUAGGAAAAUGCCAUUCCAAAUUUAUGUUGCUAUUUCUAAAUGUAUGCAGUUAUGUCAACACUCAUAUUUAUAUGUGGUAGGCACAUCUACUGUCUGAUGAACUUUGCAUUAAAAAACUAGUAUAUUGUUGUUAUAUUUGAGUAAGUUUAGCUGUUACAAAUAAAGUAUGCAUUACAUCGA